CUUUUAGAUUAAGGUUUUGCAAAAGAGAAGCAACUUGAGUGGAGGAGGACUCUUUGAUACAUAGAUAAAUAGUGUUGGAUUGGAGUUUCAAUAUUAAUCUAUAGUAUAACUCCAAUCCCCUAUUAUAUCUAACUACAAUUUUUUUUAUUAAUAUAAAGUCUACCCUACAACACUCUUAUCAAUUACCAUAAACAUUACCAACUUAACUAAGUCUCUAAUCUUAUCCUGUAUCAUCUUGUAAGUAUAUAAUAAGUAGUAUCUUACUUUCAACAAUUUUUGAUUAAAUCGAAGAAAAAAAAAUGGUGUCAAAUAAAGAAGAUCAAAUCACUCAGAAUAUGGAAGAAGGUAAUGUCCAAUCAGCCUCCAAUAACAAAGUUGGAUUUUGUUCAUCGCCUGCGGUGGUUGUCCUCGGUCAAAAGUUAAUUGCGGAGGUGAUUGGGACGUAUUUUGUUAUAUUUGCGGGGUGUGGUUCAGUUGUAGUGAACAAGCUUUAUGGUGGGACCAUUACGUUUCCAGGGAUUUCUGUGACGUGGGGACUUAUUGUUAUGGUCAUGGUUUACACGGUUGGACAUAUAUCAGGAGCACAUUUUAACCCCGCUGUCACUAUUACUUUCAGCGUCUUCGGUCGCUUUCCUUGGAAAGAAGUACCUUUCUACAUAGUAGCUCAACUAAUGGGCUCGAUUCUGGCUAGUGGAACUCUGUCUCUAAUGUUUGAUGUAACUCCAGAAGCUUAUUUUGGUACUGUUCCAGUUGGGUCUAAUGUCCAAUCACUUGCUGCUGAAAUCGUCAUUUCUUUCCUUCUCAUGUUCGUCAUUUCUGGCGUUGGUACAGAUGAACGAGCGAUUGGACAUAUAGCUGGGAUAGCUGUGGGAAUGACCAUAACCUUGAACGUUUUUGUAGUAGGGCCAAUUUCAGGAGCAUCAAUGAAUCCCGCCAGAAGUAUUGGUCCAGCAAUAGUGAGACAUACUUACAAAGGUCUGUGGGUAUAUAUUGUUGGUCCAAUCGUUGGAACCCUAGCCGGAGCGUUCAUGUACAAUUUGAUUCGAGCCACGGACAAACCACUCAAUGAGCUCACCAAAAGUGUGUCGUCUCUUCGUAGUUAAGAGCAAGUCAAAUAUAUUUAACCUACUUUUUAGCGUCCCAUUUAUAUAUUAGAUACUUCAUUGAUCAACAAUACAAUAAUUUUCACAUUUUUGAGAUAUUUUUUUGCUGCAAUUUCUUUGUAGUUGCAUCCCAAAUUUCAUUUUUGAUCUCAUAUAUAUUACAAUUCUUUGAUAAGUAAAUCAAUGAUCUGAUAUCCUAGAUCUGUUGGGUUGGAGACGGUUGAAAAACA